AUGCCCUUUGAAGAAGAUGACAAGGAUCCUAACAUUUGGUUUCUUGACCAUAAUUACCAUGAAUCGAUGUUUUCCAUGUUUAAAAGAAUAAAUGCAAAGGAGCAUGUUGUGGGGUGGUAUAGCACUGGUCCAAAGUUGCGUGAAAAUGACUUUGACACUCAUGGGUUAUUUAAUGUCUAUGUUCCAAAUCCUGUCUUGGUUAUAAUUGAUGUUGAACCUAAGGAAUUAGGAAUCCCAAGAAAAACAUAUUAUGUCGUUGAAGAGGUUAAAGAGAAUGCCACUCAAAAAAGUCAAAAGGUGUUUGUACAUGUGCCAUCAGAGAUUACUACUAAUGAAGUUGAGGAAAUAUUAGUGGAACACUUGCUUAGAUAUGUGAAGGAUACAACCAUUAGCAUCCUUGUGACAAAGGUAAGUGCAAACCUCACAACCUUGAAGGGUUUGGAUGCAAGACUUAAAGAGAUCAGGGGUUUCUUUGACCUUGUUAUUGAUGGAAAGCUUCCAUUAAACCAUGAGAUCCUGUACCAUCUGCAAGACGUGUUUAACCUGUUACCAAAUCUCAAUGUUGUUGAUCUUUUGUCAAGGCUUUGGUAUAGGGCUCCAGAACUUCUUUUGGGUUCAACUGAUUAUGGAUUCAACAUUGAUCUCUGUAGUGCAGGAUGCCUAUUGGCUGAGAUGCUUGUUGGAAGACCAAUUAUGCCUGGCAGGACAGGGGUACCAAUUAGCUAA